GUGAAGAUAGAGUAGACAGACUAAUUCCAACAUGGACUUUAUGGCUAGAAAAUGACCAUUGAUUUUCAUUGUGAAUCUAUUUACAUAUGUUCAUUUUAAAUUGGUUUUGAGGCAAGGUACACACUGAAGCCCAAGUUUUUUUAAGUGAAGGGAAAGAGGAGUUGAUAGGAAAAAUAAGAUUCGUUAAUUGGAAAGUUUAGUGUUCAACAUGUAUUUUAUUAAAGAUGGGCUAUAAUUUAGUAUUUAUAAUCUAAUAUUAAUUUAUCAUAAAAGUGAGUGCUUACUCUGUGCCAGGGACUUUGCUAAACAUGAAUUAUUUCUUGUAAUUCCAUGAAGUCUGACAAUGUUGUUAAUUCCAUUAGGUUAAAAGUAUGCUUGAGGUUAUGUGUUAGGACUAGGAUGUGAAUCCCGGCAGCCUGGCUCUAAAGCCUGAGCUCUUGAUUGCAGUACUGAAGACUGCCUUACUCAGUUCAGCUAUCGGCUUAAUACCUGGGAUGUUCCCGGGAUGGACAUUUAUUUAUUUUUUAAACUUCUUUCUGAGGUAGAUGAUACUUUGUGACAACUGAGGCUCAUAGGGCUAACUUCCUAAGAUCAUACAUCUCGUAAAUGGUGGCGAUAGAAAUCAAACCCAGAUUUGCCUAAUUCCAAACCCUGUGUUCUUUUCAGUAUUCCAUAUUGCGUUUGUAUUUCUAAUACAGCUUUUUUAACAAAUAACUGAAUAUCAGUAUGCUUUUAAUAAUAGUUUUGUUUCUUGCAGGGAUUUAUCAAAGAUGUUCAUGAAGACUCCCUCACAGUUGUUUUUGAAAAUAAUUGGCAACCAGAACGCCAGGUUCCCUUUAAUGAAGUUAGAUUACCUCCACCACCUGAUAUAAAAAAAGAAAUUAGUGAAGGAGAUGAAGUAGAGGUCUAUUCAAGAGCGAAUGAGCAAGAGCCGUGUGGAUGGUGGCUGGCAAAAGUCAGGAUGAUGAAAGGAGAAUUUUAUGUCAUUGAAUAUGCUGCUUGCGAUGCUACUUACAAUGAAAUAGUCACAUUUGAACGACUUCGACCUGUCAAUCAAAAUAAAACUGUCAAAAAAAAUACCUUCUUUAAAUGCACAGUGGAUGUUCCUGAGGAUUUGAGAGAGGCGUGUGCUAAUGAAAACGCACAUAAAGAUUUUAAGAAAGCAGUAGGCGCAUGCAGAAUUUUUUACCAUCCAGAAACCACACAGCUAAUGAUACUGUCCGCCAGCGAAGCAACUGUGAAGAGAGUAAAUAUUUUAAGUGACAUGCAUUUGCGAAGUAUUCGUACGAAGUUGAUGCUUAUGUCCAGAAAUGAAGAGGCCACGAAGCAUUUAGAAUGCACGAAACAACUUGCAGCAGCUUUUCAUGAGGAGUUUGUUGUGAGAGAAGAUCUAAUGGGCCUGGCAAUAGGAACACACGGUAGUAACAUCCAGCAAGCUAGGAAGGUUCCUGGAGUUACAGCUAUUGAGCUAGACGAAGAUACUGGAACGUUUAGAAUCUAUGGAGAGAGUGCUGAUGCCGUAAAAAAGGCUAGAGGUUUCUUGGAGUUUGUGGAGGAUUUUAUUCAGGUUCCUAGGAAUCUCGUUGGAAAAGUAAUUGGAAAAAAUGGCAAAGUUAUUCAAGAAAUAGUGGACAAAUCUGGUGUGGUUCGGGUGAGAAUUGAGGGAGACAAUGAAAAUAAAUUACCUAGAGAAGAUGGGAUGGUUCCGUUUGUAUUUGUUGGCACUAAAGAGAGCAUUGGAAACGUGCAAGUUCUUUUAGAGUAUCAUAUUGCUUACCUAAAGGAAGUAGAACAGCUAAGAAUGGAACGCCUACAGAUUGACGAACAGCUACGACAGAUUGGUAUGGGUUUCAGACCUUCUUCCACCAGAGGGCCUGAAAAAGAAAAAGGAUAUGCCACUGAUGAAAGUACCGUCUCUUCUGUACAAGGUUCUAGGUCUUAUAGUGGAAGAGGCAGAGGUCGUCGGGGCCCUAAUCACACCUCCGGUUAUGGUACAAACUCUGAGCUGUCUAACCCCUCUGAAACAGAAUCGGAGCGGAAGGAUGAGCUGAGUGAUUGGUCACUGGCAGGAGAGGAUGAUCGAGAGAGUCGACAUCAGCGCGACAGCAGGAGGCGCCCAGGAGGAAGAGGCAGAAGUGUUUCAGGGGCUCGAGGUCGUGGUGGACCACGUGGUGGCAAAUCCUCCAUCAGCUCUGUGCUCAAAGAUCCAGACAGCAAUCCAUACAGCUUACUCGAUAAUACAGAAUCAGAUCAGACCGCAGACACUGAUGCCAGCGAGUCUCAUCACAGUGCUAACCGUCGCAGACGAUCUCGUAGACGAAGGACUGAUGAAGAUGCCGUUCUGAUGGAUGGGAUGACUGAAUCUGAUACGGCUUCCGUUAAUGAAAACGGGCUCGUCACAGUUGCAGAUUAUAUUUCUAGAGCUGAGUCUCAGAGCAGACAAAGAAACCUCCCAAGGGAAACUUUGGCUAAAAACAAGAAAGAAAUGGCAAAAGAUGUGAUUGAAGAGCAUGGUCCUUCAGAAAAGGCAGUAAACGGCCCGGCUAGUGCUUCUGGCGAUGAAAUUUCUAAGCUGCAGCGUCCUCCAGGAGAAGAAAAGAUGAGUACCCUCAAAGAAGAAGCUACUCAAGAAGCAGCAGUCCUGAACGGUGUUUCAUAAACUGAGGAAGUUCCUAGUUUACAGUUCCUACAUUACAUUUUACAAUAGUGCUUGUACAAGCUUGCCAAAGAUAGAAUCCGGAUCGCCAGUCUCGACAUCACACUUUCAGUUCCUCCAUUUGGAAUUCAGACAGGGGAGGGAUCCUGAAGAAAUCCUAUGUUAAACAUACUUUGACACCUACUGUGUUAUAAAAUAUAUCAUCAGAUGUGCCUUGAGAAUAGUAUAUGUAACAUUAAAAAAAAGUUGCUGGCUAUAGGAAAUGUUAUUUUGUUUUCAAAAUAUGGCAGAGAUGGGGGGAGGUGGGUGGGGUGGGAUCCCUGAGUAAUAUUCUUUAUGAAAAGCAUUAGCUGCUUUUGUUACAGUUUUAAUAAUAUGCAACCACUUCUUCACCUGAGGAAAACUAGAAUGAAAUGCAGUCUGAAAUAUUUUGCACUGAAUUGUAAUUUCCCCAUCAGUUGAGUCUGGAAACUGGUCUGUUUUACUGUGUUUUUUAAAUGCUGUAUGUAGAGGAGGCUGUGCAGACCACUGGAAUACAUUUGUUCACCUCUCAUCUGCAGGGACACUGGGCCAUGUUGGCAGUGACUGUUCUCCAUUGAGGCUUUGUUUGGUUUAUUUAUUCACGUGUACAGUAUUUAAAAAUCAAACAUGGCUUGAGCUGAAACACUACGCUGAACUAGUCGUGUCCAUUCAGACAUAACCUGAACUACUGAAAAGGUCAAUUUCCAGAAGGUGUGUUCUGUAUAAACUACAUGUUAGUCCUCACUAGAGUAUCUUUUUCUUUUUCUUUCUUUUCUCCUUUUUUUUUUUCUUUUUUUUUUUUUUUUAAUUUUGGUUGUUUGAUGUGCAAUAUGUUUUUGUAUGCAGGUAGUAAAUAAACUUUGAUCUUCCAUUUGCUGAUUUUUAACUUUCUACUUUUUACACCAAUUGUUGCAAGGUAGUUGAUGCCACUUAAAGGCUCAAAUAGUGCCCUUGGAUUGCUUUCUAAAAAGCAUUUAUACUUGCUGAUACAUAAAAUGGAAAUAUUAGGCCAUUUGAUCAUUUUGUGAUGAAUCUUCUGAAAUCUUAACACUUCAAAUACAGUCUGUUAGAAUGGCUUGGGAAUUGAUCGAAUACUUGAUCAUUAUGAAGAAGUCUUUGCAAAAUAAAAGUCUAAUCAAAGGCAGUUUUUGAAAGGCAACGAAUAUAAACCAGAAUUUUAUUUUUGCCUUUUGAUUUUUUAUUAAAAAUGAAUUUUAAAAAGAACGAAUGAGCAAUUUUUAAAUAAGGAACAAACAGGCCACUGAUUUUUCAUUUGAUUCUCAAGGAAGUAAGGUCACAACUUCUCAUACCAAUAAUCAUGAUUAAAAGUCGAUAAUGAGACUUUUUAGGUAUAAAGUUAUUUUAGCCAGAUAGCUUAAUUUCCAGCGAAGUUUUUUCUACACAGUAACUUACUUCAUGCAGCUGCUUGUGAGGUCAGGUAAUUGUGAACUUACGGGAGGGUUUGGCUCCACAGUUUCGUACAGACCCCUGAGCAAGAAAGCUCUUGCCAUUUGAUGUUUGCAUAAUUCGUUAUGUGCAUAAAAAUGUUACUUGGUUUUAGUUAAUUUACAUGAACCGAAAGAGAAGCCAAAGUAUUGUUAAAAAUGUAAACCUCGCCAGGUCAGCAUAUUAACCCUGGCCCCUAAAUACAUUCUAGCUGAGGUUAAGAUGUGAUGGUAUUAAAUACUUUUCCCUAAAAUCUUAAUGGCCCCUGAUUGCUGAGAAAUUCUAAAUACGUACUUCUUGCAGUCUGCAUGAAGAUAUUAAAUAAUUUCAUAUCUUGACUUUUAAAAAUUUACCCACAAAUGUUUUAAACAUGUUUUUUAUCCAUCAAAGCUAGAAACAAACUUCGCUCUUUUUAGUUUUCUUUAUAGAUAAGUAUCAGAAGAAUUUUAAUCCCCAGUUAGUACAUGUGCUAUAAAAAAAGUGAUUUUUCAUUUUCUUCUAUGUAGAAUAGAGUCAAAAUCACUAAAAUUAUUUUCCAUAAAGAUUAUUUCAGUGGGUAAGGAAGAAGCACAAAACCACCUUUAAAAAUGGGUACCACCCCAGCAUUCUUUAAAAUAGUGUUAAUUAAUAACCGUACUCUAGUAAGUAUUAAGAUUUCAUUACAAACUACCAAAUCCAAUGUUUUGCCCUUUUAACGAUGUAUGUACUGCAGAAUCAUGAUAGGCUCUUUUGCGUUGUCUGUUUUAUUAUGGUCACACUGAGAAGUAUAAGUGAAAUGGCCCCCUCCCCAGAGGCAACCGUUGUUGAUUCAGGUAGCCUUCCCAACUUAUUUUGAGAGGAAAGCAUCUUUUUUUGUGGCUGCUGUCCUAGUUCAGAUAACUGUUAUGGGGGAACUUUUGUAAUAAGUGGAUCGCUAAACAGACACUCAGGCAAAAAAAAUCAAAGUUCUUGUGCAACUCAAAUACUGUUUCAGCAUAAACCCGUGAAACCACGUGUGGACCCUGAGCUGAGCUGAGUCAAGGAGCAGGGGCUGAGAUUAUGUAGCACAGAGUGACCUGCCUUUCCUGAAACCUUGGGAGACAGAAUUCCUGGGUUUGGAAUCACCUUUUUUAAGCCAUUGCUCAGUGGGCCUAAAACUGAUCUUUAAACUGGUGUGUCAGAUCACCCACUGUUGCUAAAAUUAUAGUAGGGAUUCCUAGAAAUCUUAUUUUAAUAGUUCCAUACUUGAAUGUGGAGGUGGAGAAACUACACCAAACCCACAGGUCAUGCAAGCGUAGCUGGCACAUUGCUUAGGACGAGGCUGAGCAGCUGCUUCAAUGAAUGUAGUUUUAAGGAAGUGCAGGUGAUGUACAUUCGCAGACGUGGUGAACUUCCACAAAAAGUACACACGUACACAAAGCCCCCACAGUGCAGGCGUUUGACACACUUGGCUGCUACGCAAAAGGUUGGGGCUUCAGGUCCACCCAGAGGCACCUAGAAAGGUUUGGUGACACACUUCUGAAAAAUCAGCCGUGGAAAAACCCUAUGGAGCGAGCACAAUGCUACUCUGACACAUGGGCUCUCCAUGAGUCGGAAUUGACGGGAAGGCAACCGUAAACAGUUGAUAUGCAGAUAAAGCAAAAGAACUGAAGAACAAAACACUUUUUGAAGUCUAGUUCCCCAUUCAUGACAGCCAUUCCUUUGUGGAAAGAGGGUGGGUUCCGUGUCUCUCUGCUUAGUCACAAUGCUGUAGGUGUCUGCACUUAAGACUGGGUGGGAGUAGAGCACUGUCUGUCCUCUGCACGUGCUUCCCAGUAACUAGUGAAAACCUGCCAAUAACUGAAAGCAAAAAACCUAGGUGAACCUGAUUCUGGCCCACUUGCUGAAAAGCAGGAUGUCUCAUUUACCAAUUAGUAUUCUCACAAGCUGUGCCUGCAAUGAGCUGUCUCCUAAGGACGGAUCAAAAACUCAGGCUGUAAUGAAGUAGGUCCUGUGUCAGAUUCUGGUGCUGGUUGGAAGUGACAGUAAAGGAAAAUUUCUUCCACAGCUGUCCUAGAAUACUUCAGGGAACUUAGAUUUGUACUGGAACUUACCGGUAUGGCACAAUUCCAAAAGGCCAAGAGUAGGGUGUUUGUUGUAAACUCUUCCAUUUCCAUCUUUGCUUUUAUGGUUCGAGUCCUCUAUACGCCUUUUCAUGGGGACCCAUCUGUGCAGACAAUUGCUCCAUCGAGUUUUGAAGGCUGUGACCGUUUGGGAGCAGAUUGCCAGGCCAGUCUUUAGGGGUCUCUGGGUAGGCUCCAACCACGGAGCUUU